AGGAGGCGUGUAACAGCAGUCAGCUAGCACCGUCCUCGGCUGACCGAAAACAACCCCAGUGUGUGUUGGUGGUUCAUAAAACAGCAGCCGUGCCCCGCCGCGCCCCCACCCCCAGCGGAGCCGUCAUGUGGCAGGAGGCCCGCAAACAUGAGCGCAAGCUUCGUGGCAUGAUGGUAGAUUACAAACGCCGAGGAGAGCGCCGGCGAGAAUACUAUGAGAAGAUAAAAAAAGAUCCAGCUCAGUUUCUUCAGGUUCAUGGCCGAGCCUACAAGAUCCAUCUGGAUCCUGCUGUGGCACUGGCUGCAGAGAGCCCCAUCAACAUGAUGCCAUGGCAGGGAGAUGCCAAUAAUAUGAUUGACAGGUUUGAUGUGCGGGCACACCUGGACUACAUCCCCACCUACACGCCUCCACUGCUCAGCACAUCUACCCCAGAGCAGGAGAUGGAGGAGAGAAAGUGCAAUUAUGAGCGCUACAGAGGCCUUGUGCAGAAUGACUUUGCCAACAUCUCUGAGGAGCAGUGUUUAUACCAGAUCUACCUGGAUGAGCUCUACGGUGGCCUGCAGAAACCAAAUGAGGAGGAGAAGAAAAAACUGGCUGAAAAAAAGGCCACCAUUGGUUACACCUAUGAAGACAGUACUGUGACAGAGCCCGACCCCCCGUCAGACAAAGAUGAAGACAAUUCAGAGAACAGUGAAUCUGAAGAGGAUGAGGGCAUCCCCGAUAUUGAUGUGGAGGUUGACGUUGAUGAGCUGAACCAGGAACAGGUGUUGGAUCUAAAUAAAAUAGCAACCCCAUACGGAAUGGCUGAAGGAGACUUUGUUAGGAUGUUGAGGAAAGACAAGGAGGAAGUGGAGGCUAUCAAACAUGCCAAGGCUCUGGAGGCAGAGAAGGCCAUGUACUCUGGCCGGCGAUCUCGCAGACAAAGGAGAGAAUUCAGAGAGAAGAGGCUAAAAGGUAGACAGAUCAGCCCACCAAGCUAUGCCAGGAGAGACAGUCCAACCUACGAUCCUUAUAAACGGCCGGAGUCGGAGUCGAGCUCUGAGUCAAGAUCACGCUCUCGUUCCCCUGGUCCAGAGAAGAUCACCUUCAUCACCAGCUUCGGAGGCAGCGACGAGGAAGCUGCAGCAGCAACGCAAACAGCCGCUCCUCACACUGGCCACGCCCCCUCCAACUUGCAGCACCCUGCAGGUCAUAGCAGGGGCUCCCGGAGACGAAGGUCAUCCUCCAGUCGCUCCCCUUCCUCCUCCUCUCGGUCCUCCUCUCGCUCUUCUUCCCGUUCACGCCGUGCCCGACGUGGACGAGGAGGGAGGGAUGGGCGGCGAUCCAGGACACAAUCACGGUCGAGACGACGUUCCAGAUCUCACUCCCGGGGUAGAGGAGGGAAUGGAGGGACCGGAUCCUGGAGGAGACGUGACCGGACACGCUCGCGGUCCAACGACCGAGACAGAGAUCGAGAGAGGGACAGAGACAGAGACCGGGACAGGAGACGAUACUCAGCACGCAGGCGAACGAGGUCCCGCUCCAGCUCACGACAGGGGGGCAGCUUGAGGCGAGGGGGUCGAAGCAGUGGAGGACACCGGCGGGGAGACAGCAAUAGUCGUAGUCCCUCUCAGUCCCCCAGUCGCACUAACCACAGUCCCUCCCCUGCUCACAGAGGAGCCCAGCCCUCUACCACCAUUGUCUGUGACAAGCUAAGAAAGCCUGAUACUCCGGGUGGUAAAGAGACGGGAGCUGCCAAACCCAAGAUGACCCCACAGGAGCGUCUGAAGCUACGAAUGCAGAAGGCGCUCAACAAGCAGUCCAAGGCGGAUAAAAAAGCAGCCCAGGUGAAGAUCCAGCAACAGGAACAUAAACGACAGGAACGAGAGGGAGAGCUACGAGCCAUGGCACGCAAAAUACGCAUGAAGGAGCGCGAGAGACGUGAGAAAGAGAGGGAUGAAUGGGAAAGACAAUACGGGCGACAGAGCCACUCGCCCUCUCCUUCCAAAUACGGCCGAGAACACAGCUCAUACAGAAGGAGGUCGCGGUCUCGGUCACGGAGUCCAUACUACCGAUACUGAGCUAUGGAAAACAUGGACACAUGGAUCCUUCACUGCUGUCCUCUGUCACUGGCACACAUCCUGUCCAACAAAAAGCCUACCACUGGUUUCUUCUGCAUGCUCUUUUAUUCCUCUUCUGCCUGAACAGUUAUCAACACGGACUCACCUGGAGACGUACGUUUGCGUUUCAGAGUCCUUAAUAGUAAGCAAUAUCUCACCUUUUACCUCACAUCUUCCUCAUUUCAUUACGCCCUCUGUCUGCCUUUUACUUUUCUCUAACAAGAAAUGCUCAUACUAAAGACCGUUUGAAACAACUUUCAUGAACUGUUGUACAGGAUAUUUAUACACAUCCAUUUGAAAACUCUGCAAACAAAGAUCAUGUAUGAAUUGAAUCUAUCGACCACUCUUUUAUAUUCUCUGUCCUCUGCCAACCGGUUAAAAGCAGCAAAUAACUUUUUUGUCCUCAGUAAUGUGGAAUGUUCAGUACAGAACAAAUAAAACUGGCUUUGAAAGUA